CAGAUGAUUGACACGGCCGCCAUUUUGCUCCUGCUCUCUCUGCUUCCAUUGUGUGAGAGAUAGUAAAUAUCUGACACUGCCAGACAAGCACAACACACUUGUAUUCUUGCGAAGAAAAGGCGUUAAAUUCACCCUCGGUGAUACUUUGUCGUAAUGGCUCGUACCAAGCAGACUGCCCGUAAGUCCACUGGAGGAAAAGCUCCUCGUAAGCAGCUGGCCACCAAGGCUGCCCGAAAGAGCGCCCCCUCCACUGGUGGUGUGAAGAAGCCCCAUCGUUACAGGCCCGGUACCGUGGCUUUGAGAGAGAUCCGUCGGUACCAGAAGUCCACUGAGCUGCUGAUCCGUAAGCUGCCAUUCCAGCGCCUGGUGAGGGAGAUCGCUCAGGACUUCAAGACUGACCUGCGUUUCCAGAGCGCCGCCAUUGGAGCCCUGCAGGAGGCCAGCGAGGCGUACCUGGUGGGUCUCUUCGAGGACACUAACCUGUGUGCCAUCCAUGCCAAGCGUGUCACCAUCAUGCCCAAAGACAUCCAGCUGGCACGCCGCAUCCGCGGAGAGCGCGCUUAGACAGCAAGCCUAAUGUUUCACCUCUGUCUUGUUUUUCUUUACCUGUCCCUGCCCUCCCUCCUCCCUUCAUCCUCCCCCAAACACCCACCUCCACCCGUCCCCGUCACCCUCCCUCCCCGGCCUGCCCAGCUUCUCAGUAGACUUUAGAGUAAGCCUGAUUAUGAAGAGAUAGAAAUAUGUUGAAGUCUGGUCUCUCAUAGAUUUUCGUCUUCACCAAAUGUUUAGGGUACCUUUUUUCGUGCAUGUAAUAGGUUUAGCAGAUCAGACGCAAACGUGCACACAUGAUCAAACUGGCGUCACUGGGUUUGGGUGGAGCUUCAAAACAUGAAGCCCACCCUUGAGCUCACCUGCAUUUCUCUGGGGUGGGAGGCCAGCAGGUGCAGUUUGUGUGGCAAACAGAGCCAAAGCAGAAGGACGUGGUCGAGGGGCUAGUCUGCUUAAGGGGAGCUGCAACUUCCACAGCAGGGUGCUAUUAAAACUAGUCCCAAGGCCUCUGCCCGUCUGAACACCCUCCUCCCCUCCUUCCCAGCUGUACCUUUUCGGUCCACCUCCUUCACCUCUGUGAUCUGCACUGGGAGGGGAUGCUGGUCUGUGGGUCUGUUUGUGUGGGUGUGUGAGCUCUGAUCUUCCAAACCACUUGUACUCAACAAACAAGAAUCUCUUGGUUGCUUAAAAGUAUUGAUUAUCGUUGUGGAUAUGGUGUCUAUUUUUUUUACGCAUUAUAAGUCAUGGAUGAGCAUCUCUUCCUUUACCACUUCCAAAAUCAUCAAAACAAGAGAAGAAUCAAUUGAUAUUGUCAACAUGGUUGUCAGUUGUUGUUUUUUUUUUUUUGUUUGUUUUUUUUUUACAGUGAUCUGAUUUGUUAUAGUAAAUCAGGAAGGGCUUCUUUGUUUUUCCAAGGCAACUUCUAUUCUAAUGGCAGCCACACGGGGGCGAUGGUUUACCAUCUCCUCCUCUAUUCAAUUGUUCACUGUAGAUCAGUCAUCACAUAUUAUGCUUCCGUCUACCUAUCUAUCCAUCUAUCUAUCUAUCUAUCUUUAUCAUCACAGAUAGGCAUUAGACUUGUCACAACAGUAUGAAUUGACAUUAUAGUGAAAGUUACACUCUGCAUGUUUAGGGUCUGUGUCCUGCACUCUCUGUAGAUCUGAGCAUAUAAUCUGUCCCUUUCUCAAAAUUUGUGAUACACAAUAUAACCUCAUAUUUGUUUUCUUUUAUAUUUUUCUUAUUCCUCGAGAUUUUCAGACGUAUAAAUAAGCUGAUCUUUGUAUUUUCCAAAUUUCUCAUAUUAUGGUGGUAAUAAAUAGGUGUUUAAACAAA